CGUCGUCGUCGUGGUCUCGUGCGUUGGGCUGGCCCCGAAGGAGGCACUGUGAUGGCAAUCACGGGGAGAUCAAUCCCGAUUAGGACUUAAUCCCAUGUGUCUGUUCAUCUUCAUCUUCUUCUCCUCUCAAUUUCUGCCUCUCAUGCAACAAUUCGCCGGCGACGCGCAAUUCUCAGCUGUUGAGAGAGCCCCCAGCACUGGGUUCACGUCUCAUUCAGGUUCAUGUAAUGGCCGGAAGAAGCCCGCCUCGCCACAGGCACGAUGGAUCGUCGCCUCUGCCUCUCGGGAUCGACGCCAGCCCUGCUCCUGCUCGAUGGGAUGGACCGCAGACUGUAUGGCCGCACGAUCCUCGCACAGGAUGGAGUUAUUGUGUCUUUAUCCCAUCGUGGGUGGUCAUUCCUGAAGCAAAAGAUUCUGAUGGAAAACCGAUUAAUCCUACAGUGUUCUUCAAAGUACAAGUUGGUAUUCAGUCUCCAGAUGGCAUCAGCACAUUGCGGCAAACCCUGAGAAGAUUCAGCGAUUUUCUAAAGCUGCAUGCUGCGCUGAAGAAAUUGUUUUCAAAAAAGAAGUUGCCAGCACCUCCCCCUAAGAAUUCAUUGAUGCGGAUCAAUUCGAAGCAGCCUCUUCUUCAAGAGAGAAGACAUGCUUUAGAGGAAUGGAUGGGAAGUCUGCUUGCUGAUAUUGAUAUCUCCCGUAGUGUACCACUAGCCUCGUUCCUGGAGCUUGAGGUUGCUGUCCGAGCUGCUGCUACAUCGAUCUCAGAAAGGCAAUCGCAGCUGAAUGUGACAAACAAUCUACCAUUGCAAACCACUCGUAGUCUUCGCUCUCGAGCAUCGUGGACCGGAGGUGGUUCCUCUGUAGUAUCUGGCGGAUACUCUACGUUGGAUUAUGGGAGUGAUGUGGCGUACGAGAACUCCGUUGUUGGCACUCCAAGCAAAGGGAGUGAAGGUGGAUUGGAGAUAGAAAUGGAAGCUCUGUCUCUUGAAGAGCAGGCUGCCAUAAUUGCUACCUCAGGAGAUAGCAGAGUGAACCAGCAGCAAGAGAGAAACACCUCAGUGGGGUUGGCUAGGUCUUACAGCGAAGAAGUUGGUGCGAUGAUACAGUCUCGAGGCGAGUUCAAGGAUAACGUUGUAACAGAUGAGCUCUUAACAAGAAACGAAAUAUGUAGAGGUGAGGGUGAAUUGGCGGGGGCAAGCUUGGAUGGAACAAGUCUGAAAUCUCCAUUGGGUUUAGGGCCUCGGCACAGGCGCAGGACAUCUCAGGAAAGUUUAUUCAGUGAGAUUAGCUCUGCGCCAGAAAGCGAGCUGUAUAGAGGUGUUUCGAUGGAUGUGCCUUCUGACCAUCCCUUAUGGAGUUUUUCAGCUGUCGAUUCCAGUGGUGACCCCAAUUUGACAGAUGUAGAGUCUUUAAAAGGAGUAGGGUUGGUUUUUCCAGCUGACCAGCGGAGCAAGGUCAAACGAGUGAUGGGCACAUUGCAGAGACGAAUUGUAGCUGUGAAAACUGAUAUGGAGGAUCUGCUGGCUCGCCUGAAUCAAGAAACUGCUGUUAAAGAAUUCCUUACAACUAAGGUUAGAGAUUUGGAAGGUGAGCUGGAUGGAAUGCGACGAAAGAGUCGAGAGGUGUUGCAGCAAGCUGUCUGGGCGGAACGAGAACGCAUGACUUCCCUUCAAUGGGAGCUGGAUGAUUGUCGUGUGGCACUUCAGUCAUCUGAGGAGACUGUGCAGUCUUUACAGGCUUCAAAGGCGCACUUAGAGGAGCGCCUUGAAGAAGCUCUUGCCAAGUGUGAGAUGACGAGGAAGGAGUUGGUGGAUGUUCGUCAGCUUUUUCAUUCACGGCAACAAGAGGAAGAUACUGUGGAUGCUCAGGCACGUGCAGAGAAAAAGGUGUUGACCAAAGAAGUAAAAAAUCUACGAGCUUCACACAUGGAAAUCAAGCAGGAGGCUAAGCAAGCAAUGCAGACCAAGGCCAUCCUGGAGGCAAGCCUAAGCGAAGAGAAACAAAAGCAAGAGAAGGCACAGAUAACACGAGCAAAGUUUGUACAUGAAAUCGCAGUGCUUCGGGCUCGUCUACAGGAAUGCAACAUGGAUGAGCUGCGUAAAAGAGGUGGUUCUUUGGGACGGACAGAAGCUUCAGAUAUGCUGUCUACUUUGGAGAGCCGCAUUUCACUUCUGAUUGGACAGGCACAGUUGCUGGUAGAAGAGGAUGAAGAGCUCUGCAAGCUCAGCUCAUCAACGAAUCGGUCACUACUCCAACAGUAUAAACAGAGUAUUGGUGAUUCUGAGGGAACCGUCCAGACAGACCAAGGAAGUGAUGCAAUACUGCGCAAAAUGUUGAUCGAUACGUUUAUUGAAGAGGCACAACUUUGCAAGUCUAUUAACUCUUUGACUUGCAAUGCUAUCACAUCUAGAGGAUCUAGGAAAUUAGACCUAAUGUAGGGUUAGAGCACACAUUUUUAAUCCACUACAUGAAGUUUUAAAAGAGCAUAUUAUAUAGAUUUGUCAUCCUUGAUUAGCUCUUUCUCCACCAUACUGUGAUAACGGAGACCUCAUUUUCUUGCUAGUGCUAUAAUCAGGCACAGCCAACAAUAGGAGACUUUUUGAGCUAACCCUUACGGUAUUGAAUGUUGUAUGAUCAGAAUGUUCUCUGACCAGGGGAGCCUCUCUGAAUGCUAUUUAGUCCUGCUCACUUUUGAUGCGAGGAGCUCAAGGACAUUUGCUUCCUGUUCCUGCCUUA